AAAGAGGAAAGGGAGAGAAGAUGAGAAUAACCCAAGCAUGAUCGAUCUGCACAAUGAAUAAUUGAAGAGGGAUGUAUUUUGGAGAGUUCUGUUCUCAGCCCAGCCAAGCCAAGCCCAGCUCUCCUACAAUGAUUUCUCUUUCUACUCCUGCUUGUGACACAGGGCAGCAGUUCCCUGCAGUGCACCUCUCGCAUAGUAAAUCUGAUGUACAUCCGGGACAGUGUAAACACUGAUGACUCGAAAACGGCUCUCAGUGGGAGAGGAGCAGAGAGGAGUCGGUUACCUAAUAGAACUUUGCGCUGGCUGCUCCUGCCGCUGCUAACGACGAUACUCCUAUAUUCACAUUCUGGGCUCAGCAACAUUUAGGGCGACAGGAGGAAGGAGGGAUAACCAGAGCAGGGCUUUGAAUCAUAUGCCUAACCUAUCGACCCAGCUGAGCACACCUCCUCCUCUCCUCUGUGAAUGCCCUCACUUGCAGCAUGGACUCCGGAGGGGAAAGAGAGGAAGGGUGGAUGGAAGACCAGUGGGAGAAAUGGGACUAAACAGGGCAAUUGAUGCUUUGGCAGGACAAAUCCCUCUUUCCCGAUUGGUGUGGAGGUUGACCCAUGACAUCAGCCUGAAUGAGUUUGAGGAUGACGACCUGUCUGAGAUCACUGAGAUCACAGAUGAGUGUGGGAUGAGUCUCAACUACAUGGGCCUAGAGAUUAAGGGCUGUGUGAGGCAGGGGACCAAUAGUGGGGUGGGGAAGGAGGAGCUGGGUGCUGUCGGCCAGCUCCAGGCCGAGAUGCUCCAUUUGGAUCUGAUCGACGGGGCCGAUGGUUACCGCGAUGACAAGGAGUCAUCUCAGCCAUCUUCCACAGCACCCCUGCCAGUAACCGAGGACCCCCCUCUAGUAACCAUGGAUAUAUACCGGCCAAAGAGACCCACGACCCUUAAUCUUUUCCCCAUGGUGCCACGCACUCAGGACACAUUAAACAACAACUCAUUUGGUAAGAAGUACAGCUGGCAGGAGAAGGUCUCGCGCUCAUCCUCCCCCCUCAAAACAGGCGGGCUGAUCUCUCCCCAUGAGCACAGCUGUCUAAGCGACGAGGACAAGCAGGGAGGUGGGACGCAGACCAAGGACCGCGGCACAUCCACUGACACUCCCUGCAGAUACAAACACACCUCUGGACACACCCACAGCUCCACAGCGGGGACACGCUCCAAACUGCCGGAGAAGCCCCCAGCACCCCCACCUCCCCAAAACUACACACUCGCACCUCUGGGCCCCCCAGUGAAGGGCGAAGGGGGGACACACAGAGAGAAGAUCCGCUAUCACACAGAUGUACGCCUAGAACCCACCGAGGAGAUCUAUCUGACUCCCGUGCACCGUUCCGAGCAGGACUACCCAUUCCUGUCCCAGCAGCCAGAGCACGGACACAUGUCAAUCAGCUCUGACACCGAGGGCCCGCCCCCUUACCAGCCUCUGCCUGACCGGACCAACCCUUCCAUCUGUGAGGAGGACGAGGUGUAUGUGCAUCCUCCCUCCUACGCCUCCUAUGUGGAGGUUCUCUUCACCCCUCCCUCUACCGCCCCCCCCAGGGAACCCCCAGGCUUAGCCCUGAACCUCGGCCUGAGGGAAGGAGGAGCAGGGGCGAUGGUGAGGGCAGGGGCAGGAGCGGAGUAUGUAGAUGCCCAGGAUGAGACAUUUGGGGUAGAGGGUGAGGAUGAGAGGGUAAGGGUUGUGGGAGGCAGGCAGUAUUUGGGACGUGGUGGCUGUGGUGCCCCCACGAGUACUUUGAUGAGCUCGGAUGCGAGUGGUCUGUCUUACGACUCUGUGAAGUACACACUCGUUGUGGAUGAGCACGCGCAGCUCGAACUGGUAAGUCUGCGGCAGUGUUACCAAUGUUACAGCGACGACAGCAACUCUGCGACCGUCUACGACAACUGCGUCUCGUCUCCGUAUGAAUCGGCCAUAGGGGAGAAGUAUGAGGAAGAAGAGAAAGAGGAGGAGGAGGAGGAGGAGGGGGAGGAUGAGGAGGAGGAGGAGGAGGAGGAGGAGGAGGAGGAGGAGGAGGAGGAGGAGAGAGCGAGAGUGGGAAGGGUGAGGAGAGAAGCCACCGCCUGUCUGUCAGAGGACUCCACCCCGGAGGCGAACCUGCACUUCUCUAAGAAGUUCCUCAACAUCUUCAUGAACGGACGGUCACGAUCAUCCAGUGCAGAGCCGUUUGGCUUGUUCUCCUGCCUCAUAAAUGGGGAAGAGAGGGAACAGAGUCACAGAGCCGUCUACAGGUUUGUCCCUCGCCAUGAUGAUGAGCUGGAGUUGGAGGUGGAUGACCCUGUACUGGUGGAGGUACAAGCAGAGGAUUACUGGUACGAAGGCUAUAACAUGCGUACAGGCACCUGCGGCAUCUUCCCUGCUUACUACGCCAUAGAGGUCGCCAAGGAGCCAGAGAGCUUCAAAGUGAAGAGCAGUGAAUGGGUAGACAGAUACCACAUGAAAUUCCUGGGCUCGGUCCAAGUGCCCUACCACAAAGGCAACGAUGUGCUGUGUGCAGCUAUGCAGAAGAUUGCCACCAAUAGGAGGAUGACAGUGCAGUAUAACCCACCUUCGUCUUGUAUCCUUGAGAUCAACGUGAAAGGCGUGAAGCUCCUAGUCCAGGAUGACUACUAUGCCUCUGACAAAAGUAACCAGUGCAGCCACUUCUUCCAGUUGAAGAAUGUUUCCUUCUGUGGAUAUCACCCUAAGAACAGCAAGUACUUUGGCUUCAUCACAAAACACCCAGCUGACCAGAGAUUUGCCUGUCAUGUGUUUGUGUCUGAAGAUUCUACUAAACCCCUGGCAGAGUCUGUUGGGAAAGCCUUCCAGUUGUACUAUAAGGAAUUUGUAGAUURCUCCUGUCCGACAGAGGAUAUUUACCUGGAAUAGCACCCACCCCGCCUUCCACCACAACCCUGUACAUUACAGUGUAUCAUAACAUAAUGUUGCAUGACAGAGAAAACAAUUCUAACAAAUGUGAACUAAUAAAUCUGACAAAAAGAUGGAGAGAGAGAAAGAAGGAGAGGUACUGGUUUCUGUUUGUCCAGAGAUUUUAAACAGUAUGAAGAUUGAACAAGUAAUUGAUCCAAACAUAGUGGAGAUGUUGAAGAGGGGGUCCCAAAAUAUGCAAAAUGGAGUCACUGAUGAGGAAGUUGAUGUGCCACUCAAGCACAAUGCUCAGAUCAUAGUGACCAUGGGCCUCAUUUAUAAACGCUGCGUAGGCACAAAAGAAGGCGUACACCACUUUCUAAGCAAACUUUGGGAUUUAUAAAACACAAACUUGACGGGAGAAUGUACGGUUCUCCACAGACACUUUGACAAAUGCGUAUGCACAUAAAUCGGAGAAAUGAGAAACUGUGACUCCGAUGGCAGAAGGAUGAAACUCGAGGAAUGCUUUGAAAUUGAUACCAUUGUGUAAAAUAAAUUGAAAUAUUACCUCUCACGUAUUAUAUAUGAAGAGUUCCCUGGAGUACACACAAAAGAAACCUCUCAAAAAACAUGAUGUAAUAUAAUAAAUAGAUAUGGAGAUAUCUGUUUUUGCAAAAUAACCCCUCAAAUAUGUUGUACAGUUUAAUCGGGAAUCAUAUUUAAUUGGAUCUGUAAUUAUUAAACAAUACUUGGAUGUUAUGAAAUGUAUUCUCAUAAAUAAUAAGGUGAACAGUAGGAAAAAUUACGUUUAAACUGAUGCCGUUUUCAAUGCCUCAGUCGGGCAGAUACCAGUGCAAAGUUUAAUAUAUUGUUAUAUAAACACUUUCUGUGUUUCUCCGUACGCCACACAGUUUUAUAAAUGAGGCUCCUGAACUGGAGUAUUCUAAGAUUAAUCUUUGUGGAUUUAGAGCUUGAAUCCCAGGUAGAACACUGGUCUUUGUGGACUUGGAGCUUGAAUCCUAGGUAGAACACUGGGCUUUGUGGACUUGGUGAACCGAAGAAAAACCAAUAGUCGCUAAGGUAACAGCAAAUGGACGUCAGGGAAAAUAAAUAAAUAAAUAAAUAAAUAAGGAUCUUAUUAAACUACUAGUAUUUGAGUUUUCUAAUCCCUAAUUCUAUGGAAUCUCUGGAAUCUAUGGAAUCUAUGGAAUUCUAUGGAAUGUUGGUGUGAUACAUUGUGUGAGGAAAACAGUGAUUCUCCAUGAGCUAAUUGUGCAGUGUGUUUGGAGAGGGUGAUAAGGCCUCACUGGAGAGUCCUGUGGUCUAAGGUAACUAAUGAUCUAGGAUCAGAUUACCCUACCCCAUCCUUUACAAUUAAGGGGAUGACAAAUGUUCUAACAAAUUAUCAGUGGCUCACACUGUUACUUAUUUUCCAUGUGUUGUUCCCCCUAAACCAAAAACAAGUAAGCAUUAGGGUCACACUGUUGACCAGGAAUAGUGUCUUUAACAUGCUGCAAAGCCUUUGGUGUUCUCUCUGGUACACUGUCAGAACCCUCAAAUAUAUUCACAUUAAGGAAUCAAGAGCAAACUUUUAAAACAGAGGUUCCUACCAAUAAAAGCGCUCACACUGUUUUCUGUUCGGAAAUGCCUCCGUUUGUUUGUGCUGAACAUGACCCUAGUUAUUCUUUGAUUUGUGGGAAGACUGAUUCUUGUUAAAUCUUAAUUGAAUUACAGUAUUGUACUUCUAUUACCAGAAACAAGGAGAUGGACUACAGAGUUUCCAGUCAACCGCUUUGGCUUGCUUUUAAGGUAGUUUUAGUCUUCUAAUUUGCAGGAAGGGUCACUGUGGACUGCCUCAUAGUUCUUCUCAUGCUCAGUUUGAACAUGAAAGGAGAGUUCAUGUUGAGAGUUAAAAUGGGGUUGCCAUUCAGAUAACUGGGUAUAAGAUAAGGAUGCUUACUCAAGCUUUUACCCUGGUAACAUAAAAGGGAAUUACCUCUGACCCUCACAAAAAGGACAUGGAAGGUGAAGUGUGUCGGAAAUGCAUGAUGGGAGAUGUAGUUUUAAAGGUAGUGCCUGACAUAUUUUACAAGUAGUGCCUCUAUGAAGGAUCAUUGUUGUAACUGCUAUGUCCUUUMGAUUUACCACAAUGUGUGUUGAUAGGAGAGAUUGAAAAAAAUGCUAUUUUUGUGGAGGAGAUAUGAGUGUGUUGAGAUGGUAAGAAAAUAAUAAAGAAAGACUAGAUCAAGGAUCAACAUAAUAAGAUAGGACCUCACCUCAAAAUGGCCAACUCAUGGCCAGAGGUUUGUGCCUGGAAACAAUGGCCUGGUCUGAAAUCAACCAAUUGCUCCUACCCAUUAAGAUGCUUGUAGAUUCUGAUGGAACUAGAGGUGUUUGUUAUACCUUAAGUUCACUGGAAGGCUAGGUGGAGCCAUCCCCCUAUUGCCUACACCUUUCCAGUCUUCAGAUUUGCCAUCACAGAAGGGGUAGGGGAAAGGGCAAAUAAUUGUAUUGUGUGGCUUUCUGUGAUUUCUAAUGUGGCUGACACAGAAUCACAUUCUAACACGAACUUGUAGCACAAUGUAUUGUUUAUAAGAACUGUAUUUAACUGAACAUGUAAAACAUUGUGAGAAGGAAUGCUUGUCAAAUGGGUGUCUCUAACUUAUGAAAGCAUGGGAUAUGAAACCACAUUCAUUCUACCACCUGUCAAGCAUCUUCCUAUGAAUAGUGACAUGUAUUUUCAAGUCACAGGUUUACAUUUUAUCUUCAUCAUUCCUAUUUUUCUUCUGAGCCAAGAAACAAAGGCCAAAAUUCUGAUCAGAUCCRCCUUAAACCAUGAUAAAUGACAAUUGCAUAGCAUAUCAUUGUUUUCGUGUUGUGUGUUGUAAUCUACACCUUGAUUAGGCUGAUAUAAAUCUGUAUUAUUUUAUGUAGCCUACACUUUCACAUUCGGAACUUCUAACACAGGUGGGACUGGUGUGACAAUGACCUCAAGAGCAGCCAUUCACAAUUUGACAGCUGCAACACCUGCAAUAUGGCCUAAACAAAAACAAUUAUAUGCAAUGCAGUCUGUCGGUUAUUGCAAGUUAAGGCGAAUCUGAUUGAAUCAAGCCUGAUUUUGCGACAUUCUCCGAGACUACUUCUAUUUUCAGUCCCCAAACAUUAUGGCCACUAUGAGGAAACCAAGUAAGGUUAUAAAGAGUGUACAGAUAUGCCAUAUAUACAUAAAUAUAUUGUAAUUACAAAUGUUACACUGUACCAAUUCUUACUGUAGUAAUUUAAAUUAUUUUGAUUUAUUUCUUUUUAAGUGUGAAUUGUAUUAUUUAUUUAAAAUGUUCAAUGCAGCAUC